AAGGCAACAGCAACCCGUCGACAACAUGAUAUCUACGCUAACGUCGUCCAGCACAGAUGCCCAAUCUGAGCUGGAACAAGAAUCGAGAACGUCGACACCCGUUUGCGACACAUGUGCUAAAUCUCCUUCAGAGAUGACCUCCCUAGUACAGGUCGAAGAAAAGCCUCCGGCGCCUAUCUCCGACGGUAAAGAACGACUGCAAGAACCCGUUACCUUCAUCGCGAGCUUUGACGGCAGCGAACACACGGUGCUCGUGGACCCUGCCGAAGUGCGCGUGGUCAAGGACCUAACGGACAUCCUAGUGGAGACCCCUAGUUUCAAGAAUUUCUAUCUAGAGGCGGGCAAGCCCAUCCCGCCACCGUCCAAAAUUCGGUGGCUGCGCGUCACGACCACGUCUUCGUUGUUGACGAGCAAAAGCACAACUGAAGGAGAUACUACCGCUGAGACGGCGCGUCCUGUGCCGUCGACAAGUUCUGCCGAAGUACAACAAGAAAAAUCGCUGCAGGGUGAGUCUACUGCAGCCGGUGCGAAUAGAGAAUUACCUGCACAUGGUGGGACUCCUCUUGAUCCUUGUGCAUCGAGCGGAAAUAGGGGAAACGAAGAUGACAACAGCCCGGCCUGUAGAACAAGUUCCAUUUGCUCCGACUUCACUGAGCAAAACGACGACACCAGCUCGGUCGCUCUCGACGGCGACGAAGAGGCUCUUGUGCAGGUGCACCUAGUGGAGAAUCCGGAAGAAGAGAAGCUAGCUUUCGACGGUACGACGAAGUACCGCUACGUGGUCGACACUGUUGGUGAAGUGAGGGUCGACGAAUUUGGUUUGCCCCUAAUGACUAAGGUCUACGAGCAGACGGUCGACUGGAUCUUUGACCAGGCGUACAAAUUUGCGACCCCCACUCAGCCUAGCGAGGUAGACGAUUAUUGUCCGCCAGAAAUGGAUCCCGUGAGCCAGCCGAUUGGCGCUCUUCUCCCUCUGUAUCGUCGCCCCCCGCUGGCGGCGGGAUGCCGUCUUAUGUUUCGAUUCCAACGCAUUGUGCGGGAGGUCGUGCGCAUGACCGACGCGGAGUGGCUCGCGCACGGGUGGCGGGAGGCCCACGACCAGGAUGCUGCAUCUUCGCAAACUGGAAAAACCUUCCGACAAGACUAUAUGGAGCGGGUCUUACGUUGCUAUCUUUUUUCUGAGCCAAAUAGAUUUUCCGAAUUGGGUUUUGAUUUUGAUCCGGUUGUCGACCACAUUAUCAAUCCGGCACUCCAGCAAAUAGACGACUGGUCUCUGGUCGAUUUCGAAGUAAUGUUUGCUGGAUUAACGACCGCUCUUUCGCGAACCGACACCGACAGGCAUCUUGUGCGUGUGGUCGCAGAGUUUCUCGAGCUCCUCUUUGCUACCGUGCGAGAAAACGGCAAGACACUUGAAGUCUGGGGCAAAAUCCGAAAUGGGCUCAAGGCUGAUAUGUUCCAGUUUCUUCAUCAUACUUUUGAAGUGACCGCCACGAUGUCCCGGAUAUGAUCUGCAAAUAUGCCGAGUUCUGGAAAAAUGGAAGCCCUGUAAUUUCGUUCAUUUCUAAAAUAACGAUAAACCCGUAGAGCUACGAUUCGCAUCUGAACAACAGAGUGAGGACAUGAAGUUCAGGCGCAACAUGUUUGAUGUUCACGUUGAUGCAUAGUAUCAGGCUUCCAUCACGAAAAAAGAAUUAUUAUGCGGAAGUACCAACUUGUCGUGCUUGGCAGCUACAAUUAGAAUCUCAUUUUAGAAAGUGGAUAAUGUUCCUUGCAGUUCAUUCAUGAACAGGAUCAUCCGCAGCUAGAUCGAGCAUGACAUCAUCAAACCGGACUGCAUAUUCGCAAUGCAUACCGGAGAACCUACAGCAGUUUUCUGAAAGAGGAACCUCUGUACCGACACUCUCGCUCAGGAGAAACUCUCGCAGAGCGGCUUUUCCGCGACCGACGUAGAGCGGAUGACAGCGUAGCACUUUGCUGGACCAUAUCGGAGAAGUUUGCAGACGCGACGCGGCGGACAGAACAAGGGGCCACAAAGUACAGUAAAGAGCUCACGCGUGCCGUAUUGAACUUUGACAGGACGUGGAUGCAAAGUUGCGAACUGCUGAAUGACCACGUCGAACAGCUGUUGGAAACUUACAUAAGACUUGCGUCUACUGCUGAAUCUGAAUCCGUUUCGGUUUUGGCGUCGGACUACACACACGGGGAACAGGAAGAGGACAGCGAGACCACAUCUGAUCAUCACCACAACAUCGGCAUCAACAGGCACACGACAAACUACACGGUGGUCGGGUGGAGCAACAAGUACGGGCGCAUUUGGAGCGACGGCCAAGACCGCUUUUGGGUGUGGGCCUCCCGAACCCAAACGUCUUGGCCAUCGCUCCACCAGUGGGAGUCCGAGUGGUGGCACUGGAAAAGGUUGCUGGAUGAAGAAGAAAUGAAUAAACUAAAAAGCAUGACCGUGACAUCGUAGAUGGGUUUGGAAGAACCUUGCAGAACUGCAAACAAAGGCGGACGCUCUUUACCAGUUUCUUGUGGCCUACGAGAUAGUUUCGAUUACCAUCGAUCAGCUUGACUGGAAGAAAAGCCGGAGCACGUUUCAGAUUCGAAACGUAACGGCGUUUCAACUCGCAUGAAAUGCACAACGAGAACCAUGUAACCGUAUAUAGUGGAGUCCGACCGUCAAAAAUAAACGAUUAAUUCCCAUUCCUUCACCAUCAUC